AUUAGUUUGGUAAAGAAAUGAGCAGGAUUUUUGAAGCGAUUAAGUCAAGAAAGGAGGAGGAAGAGACCCUACCGUGUUAUUGUGGGAAGAAGAGGGGAAAGAAGUGAGCGUUUUGAGGGCUGAAGAGGGAAUUAGGGGAUUUAGUGCUGGAUUUUGAUGAAGAGAUUGAUUUUGAGCAGAUUGGAAAGAAAUGUAUGAGUGAAACUGAUGGUGACAACAGUGAAGGUGAAUUAAAUGAGAAUAAUACUCCAAACAUUAUUCCUCGAUCAAAAAGAGACAGACAGAGCCAAGUAUUCAGAGCUCGAACCAAGAAGAUGGCUUACCCAUCUAUCCCUGAAAGAAAACUAAAAUCAGCGAUAAAGCAGAGAAAUUUCAGAAGAAAAUUGCGUGAGAAGAUCAAAGAGAGGAAAGCAGAGCAAGCUAAGGUUGAUCAAAUUCUUAAAGUAUGGAAAGAGGAUAGAAAGCAGCAUUAGACAGCUCUGUGUAACCUCACUUGUGUGAAAAUAGGACUCUACCGCUAUGU